GCGUAAGUUCCAAACAUUUGAUUGCAGUUUCAAUUGCAACGUCCAUCACAAUGCUGGCAAAGAUGAUUCCAUUGAUCGCUUUGAUGGCCAGUGUGCGAGGAGAGCUGCCUGUUGGUCGUAGAGCUCCAUAUGCGCCGGCUGGAUGGCAGCCACGGGUUCCCUUCAAUCUACCCAACGAAUAUUUGCCACCCAUCCGUGCCAUUGGCACAGGUGUGGAGAUCACCAGGGAACGCGUGGAACAUACUGGACAAAUAAGCCCACCCCAAUCGAACUAUUUGACUCCCUCCCAACUGGAUGUGCCCGAGGAGGAGGCCCCCCUGCCCAAUUCCAACAGGAACAGCCGCCCAUCCAAACAAUAUGGUGCACCUGCUGCAGAUCCCGCCUUCACAAUCAUCUAUCCCGAUGAUGAGGAGGAGUCGUCUGCCUCUGCCUCUGCUUCUGCUUCGGCCGACCAGCAGCAGUCGAACAUACGAGAGGGUCGCUAUUACAUCGUUGCGAAGGAUAACAAAAUCCAGAGGGUUUCAUUCCGCUCGCUGCAGAAGGUCGAUGGCGAUGAGGACUUUACGGCGCAGCUGAGGUACUCCACCGUGGGCCAGCUGCAGGAUCCGGUCUAUCGGUACAACAGCCAGGGGCAGCUGGAGAGGAUUCUCAAGUAGAUUCAGCCAUGAAGCUAUAAAGUUUUCCAGCAACAGAACAGAACAGAACACAGUUUGUAGUUUUCUUUUUCUGACUUUGUUUUAUACAAAAAUGCAUCUUUAUUCGUUUAAUUAUUAAA